AUGAAUAAUUUAAUUUAGAAAUUAUCACAUUAAAGCCUUCCUUUCAAGAUUUCAGAUGAAUUUGCAACAAUUAUAAUAGCUAUUAAAUACUUUUAAGUUUUGGCUAUAAUUCAACCAACUUAUGAUCGAAUUCAUGAACCUUCUCUAUUGUUUACUACAAAUAUCUUAAAAUCAAUAUUAAUCAUACCAUAUGCAUCUAAUUUUACUUUAAUACUUUUAUGUCUCAUCUUAUUAGUAAUCAAAGAGCUUACUCUUGCAACAUUUUGUAUAAUUGAAAACUCAACAUCAAAAAUAGUUAAUAAGUAUGGAUUGAAACUUAUCUUUUAUGAAAUAUUAUUCUUUUAAUAGACAACAGCAAUACCAGAAUUAUAUCUUUUAAUUGGAUUGUUAAAUUAAAAUAAUAAGAAGGUUGCUUUCUAAUCAUUUAAAUUUGCAUAUGUUGCACCAAUUUGCAUCUUUGUAAUUAUAAUUGUUACAAUAAUUGCAUUCUUUAGAGUAUACUUUUUAAGAGCUUAAAAUAUUAUUUCAGAUACUAAAAUAUUUCCUAAAUUUACAUAUUUCACAAUUUUAAGAUUCUUUCUUAAAAUUUGCAUAAUAAUAAUUUCAUUUGAAUCUUCAUAUGCUGCAAAUUUACUCAAAUUAUGUUUAGGUUUUGGAGUUUUUAUUGUUUGUCUAAUUGAACUGUACAUUGAAACAACAUUUGAACCUUCUAUUAAUAGAUAAUUAACAAUUAUUAUAAGUUGUUUAAAAUUAACUACAUUUGUUUAAUUAAUUUGUUAUUUAUUUUCACCUAAUAAAGAAGAUUAAAUGCAAUCAUUUUAUAUUUUAUUUGGAAUUCCUAUUAUUUUUAUUAUCACAAGAAUUAUCAAUUAAAGAAAAAAAUUGGAUAUAUUGAUUUAUUAAUCUUAUAAAUAUCCAAUAAUCAUUUAAAUUGAGGAACUUUAUGAGUUUAUGUCUAGAUUGAAUUCUAAUAAACCAUCAAUUGAAUUGAUUAUUUAAUAAUUUCAAAUAUAUAGCAGACAUAGUGAACAUUGCAAAUCUUGUAAUACAGAAUAUAAUUAUUCAAUUCCAAAACUUAUUUAAUGCUUAAUUUAAAACAAAUUCAGAAAAAACAAAAAGUCUAAAGAUUCUGAAAAUUUGAUGAUAUUAUAUGUUAAUUUUUUAUCAAACACAAUGCAUCAACCUUUAGUGGCAUAUGUUGAAGUUAAGAAAUUUGAAUUUAGAAAAAAACGCUUCUCAAUUUAUUACAAAUUUAUAAGAAAUUAAUUUGCAUUGAAAUUAAAGGAAAAAAUAGAAGACAAACAAUCUCAUUCAACUGUGAAGUCUAAUUUAACCUUUUCUCAAUAAAUAGAAAUUAAAGAAAUUAUUUAAAGUUUCCAUUUAGAAGAUGAAUAUCUAAAAAAAUAUAUAUUACUUUUAAAUUAAAAAAUAAAGAUUUGGUAAUUGUAAAUAAAAGGUGUUGAGAAUAUAGGUGAACUAAUUUAAGUUGUGAGCCAUUAUGGAUAAAUGUUAUAAAAAGUAAUGGAUCAAUUUUUUUAAGAUUUUCAUCAAAGUUUGAAUUUAAAGAAAUGUGAAUAGAAAAAUGCUAUCCACUUAAAACUUAUGUCAAUAUUAUAUUCUUUGAUAUUGAACAACACAGAAUAAGCAUAAGUAUAUGAAUAAUAAAUUGUUACUAUUUGUGCAAAUGAAAGUAAUCUUCCUCUUGAUACAAUAUGUAAUGCUAGUCUCUUAGAUGAUAAAGUAUGUUUAUUAACUAUAAGUAUGGUGAAAAAUAAAGGAAAGAUUUUGAAUGCAAAUAAAAAACAAUUAGCUAAACAUUUUGGUUUUUCAUGUGAUGAUUACCAUUUAAUAUCACAUAUAAAUGAUUUAAUGCCUCCAUUUUUAAUUGAUGUCCAUAAUCAUUUAUUAGAACUUUAUUUAGAGAGUGCAUAAUCAUAACUUUUUAGACAAUUUAUUUAAAUUACUACAGUUUAAUAGGAUGGUUUACUCCAAGCUAAAUAGUUGAAAUUAGACAACAAUUUUAGUUAUGAAGAUGAUUAUGUAAUUACAGGAUGUAUUUCAAAAGUAAAGGAGGGGUCUGAAUUCAUUAUAUUUGAUUCUAGUGGUAAAAUUUUGAGUGCUACUGAAUCUAUAUAUCAUAUAAUGAUUUAAGGUAUAGAUUAAGAGGCCACUCAUGCAAUUCAAACAUUAAAUUAAUGUUACAUUUUUUUCUUUUUUCCUGAAAUUUUAAAGAUUUUUGCACAUCAUAAAAUAACAAAUAAAAGUUAUCAUAAUCUUGAAAUUGAAGAUUAAACUACAUUGAUAACAAGAUUUAAUAUAUCGGAUUUCAUCAUUAAAUAUUAAAAACUGUAUAGUUCAACUUCUCCUUAUAAAUAUUUAUAAUUCGAACAUAGAGGUAGUUAACAUUUUUAGAAAUCAAAGACAAGUGGUAUUUAAUCAGAAUGUUAAAGUUCAUUUAAUAAAACUAUACCAAAAGCAACAUCAAAGCCAGAAUUAUAAAUUUUAACUAUAACCUAUUAAAAAUAAAUAGAAGACAUUAUGAAAAAAAUAAAUGAAGGUGGUGAAGCUACAUAUUCAAUAAAAUUUAUACUCACUUACAAAGUAGUAGGUCCAGAAUCUUUACAUAAAUCAUUUUUUCUUAUGGAAAUAAUUGAUUUUAGAAGUAAGGAAUAAUUGUUAUCAAAAAGAAGAAAAGUUAGUGUAAUGAAAUUACAUUAAAAUUAUAUCCCAAAUACAUCAUCUAGAUUUAAAUUAGAUUCAUUUCGUGAUGACUCUAAAAGAUUAGAUUAAUCAUCUGAAUAAUUUAUACAAUCUUUUGCAUAAAUUCAUCAUCAAGAUGAUCUAUUAGAUCAUGAUCAUUAUUCUUAUAAAUAAAAAGAUUUUAGUGUAGAUGAAAACUAAUAAUCAGAAGGAUCUAAAACAUCUCUUGAUUCAUCAAAAUCAAAUACUAAUAAAGAAUGUCAUAUCUUUAUUAAUUCUAAAAAAAUAAUAAAACCAUUAAAAGUUGUAAUUGCUUUAAGUUCAUUAAUUAUGAUAGUUAAAUUAAUUUAUUUGAUUGCAAGUUUAAUAAUCAUCUAAGAUAGUACCAAUUAAAUUGUAUAAAGUAAUAAAAAUAUUAAUGCUCCUCUUAUUUUUAAUAGAUAAUUUUUUCAAUUCUUUUCACUUUAAUGGAUACUUCUCUUAUAAAAAUUAUAAAUUAUUGAUUGUAGCACUUAUCUUCUAAAUUAAACUGAUUAUAAGUUAACAAAUAUCUCAGAAUCUACUUUCUAAGAAUUAAAUAAAUUAUAUUCCUCUUUUAUUGAAGUUGAAGACUCUGGUCUAUUAGAAAAUAUUAAUUAUAGAUCUGUUGGAGAAGAUAGGCAAAUUGUAGGAUAUACUUACUUUAUAUUAAAUUUAGAAAGGACAAUAAAAGAGUUAUUUUAUUUUAAUAAAGACUUUUAAAUUGAAUAUCAUCAUAUUACUACUUUAAUGACCUUAAGGAUUAAUUUAUAUAAUGUAUAUUAUAUGAGCAAAACAUUAAUAUCAUCUUAUGAAGAAUUAUAUGGUAACACUUUAGAUAAUUAAAGUUUAAAAAUUGUUGUAAUAACAUUUACCAUCAUUAUUGUACUUCUCUUUAAAAUAAUAAUAUAGUUUUUCUUUUGGAAAUAAUGUUCAAUAUAUUAAAGAUAACUUAUUUUUAUGAUAGGAAGAUUAAAAGAAAAAGAAGCUAGACAAUAAAUAUUGAAAUCAUAGCAAAUAAAAGAAAUUUUAGAAAAUAAAGAAAAUAUCUUUAAUUGGAGAUAAAUAAAUUAUUCAUCCUAUGAUUUUAAUAAUAAUUAAAAUAAUGAUAUACGAUCUUAAAGAGGAUCUUAGUAAACAACUAAAAUAUAAAAUAGAUAACCAAUUGUUUUAAAUACAAGAAUUUAAGACACAUCUAUGAAUAGAAAAAUAAUAAUAUUAAUUCUAUUUUUAACAUAUAUCACAUUUAUAGUUUACAUUAUUUGUGGAUAUAUUUUAUUUAGAAAAGAAAUCUAAUAAAUGAUCCCUUUUUAAAAAAUGACUUUAUAAUUUAUCACUUUUUCAACUAACUUAGAUGCAAUGAUUGGAUCUGGUAUGAUAAUUAAAUCAUUGCCUUCUAUUUAUGAUAAAUUAACUCAAUAAAGCAUAAUUACUUAAGAAAUGAUUGAGAAACUAUAAGAUGCAAAUAAUUAAUUAUUUUAAUUAUUUGAAGAAAGUGAAGUGAAUUUUGAUGCAAACUUAAUUAGUAUUUUUGAAUAAAUUACUCUUUCAAAAUAAAUUAGUGAUGCUGAUAAAAAUACUUUAGAGAGCAUAUAUAAAUAUGAUAUCUGUUUAAAAUUAUUAGAUGAUGUACCAUUUUGUAAAUACCCUGAGGUAAAUUAAACUUUUAUUAAUUUAUACUCAAAUCCAAAUUAAGUAGAUGAUAUUUCUAACUUCUAUGAAAAUGGUAUAAAGGGAAUUGCUAGUUAAAUAAGUUCAAUAAUUAAAUAAUAUUUUGAUUAUGAAAUAAGUUAAUAAAGGUAUUUGUUUGAUGUAGUUGGUAAUGAAUAGUUUAUGAAUUCUAAAGAAUUUAACACAGCCUUUUUGUAACACUUUCUAUUCACAACAAAGACAAUUGAUAUUUUUAUAAAUAUUAUCCAAUAUAGCAACUAACACUUUGCUGAAGAUAAUUUAAUUACAAUAUAAUUGUAUUAUUGCAUAACUGGAUCAAUAAUAAUUUUAUUGUAUAUGAUAGUUUACACAAAAUGGAUUUAGAUAAAUUAUUUUUAAUUUAGAUUCUUAAAGUUUGGAUUAUCCCUUUUACCGUCAACCAUUUAGAAUGACCCUUACAUUAUGAAUUCUAUUAAAUAACUUAGUUGA